GCGUGUUUUUGUAAACAUGUGAUAACACAAUCACAGGUUUUCUGGAUUUCUGUCUUUUCUGGUCGUUGAUUGCACUUCUGCAUUAUCCACGAUGGAAGUAAAUCCACUGAGUGUGAUCCUCGUCAAGUCGGACAGCAAGGGAGAUCGUCUCCUCUUCCGGUAUCCCUACAAUGUUGUGCCGCCUAGUGAGACGAGUCGUCAGAAAGUGAGGAAAUCUCCUUACUCCCUGCCUCCAGCUGAGGAUUUGCAGUCUUCCCACACCCACACCUCCAACAUCUACCAGGGCAACCUCUCAGGCUUCACCGACGAAGUGCUGUCGACGUUAUUCGCAGUAAAGCAGGAACUGUGCAACAGGAAGUUCGAAUUGAAAGUGAACGACGUGAGAUUCGUCAGUCAUCCAACGCUGAUGCAGCCCAAGAAGGAUGAACAGAAGUCCUUCAUCCUCGUCAACAUUGUCUUUGCCCUGCACGCCCAAGCUAGCUACUCCAUAGUGAAAUGCUACUACGAGCUGAGCAAGCGCCUGGGAAUUGCCCUGUUCUACGAGGAGGAUCGCGCUGGAUACCUGUCGGAUGAGAUGAAAAUCAUGGUGAAGACUCACGACGAGGUGGCCACGAUCUCUGAACAGGGUGGCGGCAAUGGAAUCACGCCCAAAGUGCCUUCCGUCUUCGAUCUUGUGCUCGAGCGAUCGAGUCUGGCGCAGUGCCUGAAGACUAUCUAUCACGAUCUGUGCACAACGGGUCUGUUGAGUGUCACCAUCAACCAGUGGAUGACGCUGAGCUUCUGUUUGCCGCAGAAGGCGCACCAGUUCCACAAAAAGGGCUUCAUCGUGGAGCCCGAAGCCAUCGAUCGCUGCCUGGAGUCACUGAAGCCCUAUCACGGGAUGUUGCUGCUGGUGGAUCCCUCAGAACUGCUCGAUUGCUUCCCUCCGUCCGGCGCCCGGAUGCUAAUCCAGCUGAUUGAGGUCUACAAUCCGCUGAAGAGCCUCCAAAACAUGGCCACAGACGCCGAUCUGGCCAUCGAGCACCUCUACCAACUCGUGGGGCACCUGGUUUACUGGGCCAAAGCCACAAUCAUCUAUCCGCUGUGCGAGACGAAUGUGUACGUGAUCGCUCCGGACGCACCGCUGCACAUCCAUUCGCCACUGGUGGAGAAGUUCAAACUCAAGUUCCCCAGAAUGUCGCUGUUCGAGGUGAUUAGUGACUUCUCCCUGCCCACAUCCAUUGGUCACCUCACGACGCCUCUACAGCCUCCGGCGCGCCAAGGAAGACUGGCUGAGAUGGUGCUGUGGAUGCUGCAGCAUCACUUGCUGAUGCAGCUUCACACCUAUGUGCAGUUCAUGCCAACAGAGCACGAAGAGCCGCCAGAGAUGGAGGAACAGCCCACGGAAUUCGACGCUGGAGACAAUUCCAUUUCCCCGGACGAUGAUUUGAAGUCUCCUCAGCAUGUCCAGUCAACCAAUGCCAGUGCCCAACACCAGUCGCCGCUCCCUCACAGACGAACACUUCUCCGAGAGUAUCCUGGACGACUCCACGGUAUUCGAGAACAUCGCAGCGCCACCCAGUUCCAGCCACAAGUCCAACUACAGCACCACGCAGAGCGUGUCGCUGAGCACAGACGCUGGCGAGAGCUUGGGAUCGGCCGAGGACGAGGAGAAGACAAAGGAACUCCUCCUGGCCUUCAACGAACCCGAGCGAUCGGCCGUGCGACAAGUUCCCGCCGCGUCCAAUAUCGAGGAUCUCGCGCUGAUGGUGAAGCUCUACCAAGCGGGCUACUUUGCCGGCAAUCAUCACCUCGAGGAGAUCAUCUACUUCGAGAACCUGCGGCGAUCACAAUUGCUGCAGCUCUUGGACAAGUUCAAGGACGUCCUGAUCAUCUACGAGACCGAAGAUCCCGCCAUCGCCAAUCUCUACACGCAAACAUAGCCAGAUUUUGGUUCCAACUUCCUGUUUUUUAUUGCUCAUAG